AAAAGUAACAUAUUAUAAAAACAUUAAAAAAUAACUUACUGUUGUAUUGUAAUAGAUUGUUUUGUUAAUAGAAACAAAAAUGGAUCCAGCUUUACUGCGGGAACGGGAGGCUUUUAAAAAAAAGGCACUUGCAACUCCAAGUAUCGAAAAGAAAAAGACGAAAGAAGACUCCCAGUCAAAAGAUGACAACAAGAAAAAGUCCAAAUCCUCCAGCUCAGCCAGUGCUGGGCCAAAACUGGAUGCUUCUAACUACAAGACGAUGUCUGGCAGCUCGUCGUACCGGUUCGGCGUGCUGGCGCGCAUCGUGCGUCACAUGCGCGCGCGCCACCAGGACGGCGACGACCACCCGCUGUCGCUCGACGAGGUGCUGGACGAGACCAACCAGCUCGACGUCGGGAACAAAGUCAAGCAGUGGCUACAAACAGAAGCUUUACAAAAUAAUCCAAAAAUUGAGUGCACACAUGAUGGGAAAUACAUAUUUAAGCCAGUAUAUAAAAUUAAGGAUAAGAAAUCAUUGUUAAGAUUGUUAAAACAACAAGAUCUGAAAGGAUUGGGUGGAAUUCUAUUAGAAGAUGUUCAAGAGUCUUUACCGCACUGUGAGAGGGCGUUGAAGAGUUUGGCACAAGAAAUAUUGUAUAUCACAAGGCCGACGGACAAGAAGAAAAUAUUGUUCUAUAAUGAUAAGACUGCUACAUUAGAUGUCGAUGAAGAAUUCGUCAAACUAUGGCGAGCCACAGCCGUAGAUGCUAUGGACGAUGCGAAAAUCGAAGAAUAUUUAGAGAAACAAGGCAUCAAAUCCAUGCAAGACCACGGGCCACGGAAGCCUAUUGCACCAAAGAGAAAGAAGGCAGCACAGAGAAGAAGACAAUUUAAGAAACCCAGAGACAAUGAGCAUUUAGCAGAUGUCCUUGAAACGUAUGAAGAUAACACUUUGACGCAAAAAGGUGUUUCUAUUAAAUAGCGAAUUUAGUUAUAGUAUUUAUAUGUAAGUUAAAUCAUAUUAAAUAGUAAGAAAUGA